UUCACAAGCCGGAGCGGUGAGACUCUGCCACCAUAACAAGUGCUGAGCUGAAUAUACGCACACACGCACGCAGGAGUGACCCGUCGACUUUGUGGAAGUGGAAGCGGGGCUGUGUUGGUUCUCCACACCGCGGGGAGAAGAAGCAGACAACGGCGGCGACUUUUUCGAAGAGGCUGCUGACAAACGAUGAGGCUCCCCACCCUGCCGCCCUCCUUUGGGCUCCUGACCUGCUGUCUGCUCUUCAUGUUCCCGCUGUUCGCCUCCUGUUUUCCGGCGCAGACCCCCGAGCAGCCCAGGCUGCUGUUCGUGGAGAAGUUUAACCGGCCGGGGGUCGGCUUUAACUGGAGGAAUGUCACCUGCCCCCUGUGCAAAGCUGUCUUCACCAUCCUUGAUAUCGCCCUCCUGAGCGACGCAAAUGAAGAGCGAGUGGCUCGCGCCGUCGGCGAGGCGUGCGUCCGUCUCCAUCUAGCCGAUGAGCGAGUGUGUCGACAGAUAACUGAGUUGUUCAGGGAAGACUUCAUCCGGGCUCUGCAGGAGUCCUUACUUUGGCCCUCUGAAGCUUGUGCCAUGCUGGUGGGCCCUUCCUGUGGCAAAUUUGACCUCUACGCACCCUGGAACAUCACCUUGCCAAAGGUCCCUAAGCCCCCUGUUGUACCACCUUCUCUACCCAAACCUGGUUCUCCACAGAGCAAGGUCUUGUUUCUGACUGACAUCCACUGGGACAAUGAGUAUGAAGCCGGCAGCGCCGCUGACUGCAAGGACCCUCUGUGUUGUCGUAAAGACUCGGGCUCUCCCAAAUGGAAGCGCAGGGAGGCCGGGUACUGGGGAACCUACAGUAAGUGUGACCUGCCUCUACGGACGGUGGAGAGCCUCCUUGUAAAUGCCGCCUCAGCUGGACCCUGGGACUGGGUGUACUGGACCGGAGACAUACCAGCACACAAUGUUUGGUCUCAGACCAGGAAACAGCAGCUGUCAGAGCUUACAGUCAUCUCAAGGCUCAUCCACAAACACCUGGGACCUAAUGUGACAGUUUACCCAGCUAUAGGGAACCACGAGAGCACGCCAGUGAACAGCUUCCCGCCGCCCUUUGUUCAUGGCAACAGAUCCUGUGCCUGGCUGUACGAUACAAUGGCAGAGGAAUGGGCGCCGUGGUUACCCGAACAAGCUUUAAAGACCUUGAGAUACGGAGGGUUCUACUCGUUGGAGAUUCAGCCCGGUCUUAGGGUGGUCUCUCUCAACAUGAACUUCUGUGCUCGAGAGAACUUCUGGCUGAUGGUGAACUCCACCGAUCCCGCCAACCAGCUGCAGUGGCUCGUCCAUAUUCUCCAGGCCAGCGAGGACAAAGGAGAGAAGGUACAUAUCAUUGGUCACAUCCCACCUGGCCUGUGUCUCAGCAGCUGGAGCUGGAACUACUAUCACAUCGUCAACAGAUAUGAAAGUACGAUUGCUGGACAGUUUUUUGGUCACACACAUCUGGACGAGUUCCAAAUGUUUUAUGAUGAGGAGACCAUGAGCCGCCCACUGGGAGUGGCUUUCAUUGCCCCCAGUGUGACUACUUACGUUAAUCUUAAUCCAGGUUACAGAGUGUACUAUGUGGAUGGGAAUUACAAAGGCAGCUCUCGGCUGGUGCUUGACCACGAAACCUACAUCUUGAACCUGACCAAGGUAAACCACGGUCCAGGAGGGAAAAGUACUCCAGAACAAAACCCCAAAUGGACACUGUUAUAUCGUGCCACCAAGACCUACGGUCUGACCAGCCUGUUCCCUUCUGAUUACGACGGGCUGAUCCGGGCAUUUAUCAAUGACAAUCAGGUCUUCCAGAACUUCUGGUACUUACAACACAAAGGACACGUGUCCGAGCCUUGCAUGGAGACAUGCAAAACCUCAAUACUCUGCUUUCUGAAAAGCGGGCGUUACGAUGAGCUGGAGCAGUGUGACCAGUAUAAUGGUUUUGGAGGAAACUUAGUCCGGGCCGCCAGAAACACCCUUUGUUGAAUUGAGUGUCUGGGUGAGGGGAUUAGCAAUAUGACCAAAUAUGAAAUGGAGUUUAUUUUUCCUGUUACUGGUUGAUCAGUGAGGAUUGUUGCAUUUGUUUGACAUCAGAGAUAUCACUCAUUACUCUGACCGUUUAUGUGGAUUGUGUAAAUCUGUUGUUAACAAAGAAGAGUUCAGUUUUGCCUUGUGUUCUGAUGUUUUACAAAGACGUCUGAUUGUGAUUCACGACAUGCCUUGAGUUUGUCAACUGCUGUUUUGCAAUAUUGUGUAAAGACUGUCAAAGUGUACUGAAACAUCCUGUUUGGCAGUUGUGUUGUACCGGAUGCCUUUUGAUCAGGGAGAAUUUUCAACUUUUAAACCCGUAUAUAAAUGCUGUUCAGCUACAGGACAGCUAGAUCCAAAUAUCCCAUUUAAUCAAAUCCUUUCUUGUGACAUGUGACGGAAAGUUUGAAUUCAAAUUGAUCUGAUCCCACAAUGCAAUGUGAAGGUGGGCCACUUUCUUUGUCGAUCUGGUGAAAUACCGGACCUCAGCUAUCACUUCUCAGGUUGGAGUUUUGCAGAGACUUGUCACGCCUUUCGCAGCAUCUUCACUUAAUUGACCAUCCUUAAUCAGCUCUGUUAUGGAGAUUUAGGUCAGCUUGUCAAGUAUUUUUCCUGAAUGCGAAGCACCAUCUGCCUCCUGAAGAGGUCUCUUUAAUGACUAACAGUAUUUCCUAAUGAGGUUUACUUGUGUCUGCACUUUAAUUAUUUGUUUAAUGUUUAGAUUUGAUCAGGUUUAACUGGAAUCGAUGUGUUACAGGCAGGGGGAUGUUCUCAGAUGUUGCCCUUUGUGAACUGCAGUGUAACUUUAGCAUGACAAAUAAUGCAACUUGUAAAAUGAGCAAUAAUUGUAAAUAAGUGCAUAAAUUAUGAAUGAAAGAUGAUCUGAUACUUGAUGUUUGUUGUGAGGGGAAAAAAUAUUAAAUGCAAACCUAAAAGUA